AGGUGCCAGAGCAUGCUGAGGGUAUAUAAACUGACUGGUGACUUUGAGAAUUCGGGAGUUCUCCUUCUCCCCCACCGCCUGCGAAUCAAGACCAUCGCUCUCAAGCAUCGCUGGAUCCAGUGGGCGGUGACUAUGUCCAUUUCUUUUAUACUCUCAGCUUCUCUUUUCCCUUACUCUCAUCCUGGUUUUCCUCUCCCCUAAACAGUUUCUCCCCCCCCAAAAGGGGUUCUUCUCUUUUCUCUUACUCUCCCUGGCUCUUAUCCUGCCUUUCCCUCCCCUAUGCAUUUUUCUCCUCCCCAGAAAGGUUAUGACAGCACCCAAAAGUGUUAGCUUACCUAUUGAUUAUGACAGCACCCAAAAAUGUUAACUUACCUGUUGAUUCAAAAUUGUUAAAAUAAAUCUUAUCAAUAUAUAUUUUCAUACACCGAUUAUUUAGUGUCGUUUCGCUUUAAUCCACGCCAAAGGAAUUUUUGAUAAAACCUGGGUUACCUCCCCCCUCCUCUUUUCCUGGGGCGGGUCGUAACAUUUUUUGGCGUCACGGACAGGAUCCUUUGGAUAUAGUGGAGUAAUCGGUGUAGUCUAAAACUGGUACCGAGGGCGAGUCAAAUGGUGACUGUCCCCUCGCAAUAAAAUUAUAGUAAGAAUUUGUCUCCUCUCGGUGUGACCCGGGCACAUCAGACCUGUUGAAAGGUGUCCUGGUGUGGCCUGGACCUGUUGAAAGGUUCUCUGGUACCUGGACCUGUUGAAAGGUUUUCCAGGAGAGAGUCAAACCAGCCCUCAGAGGGCUAAGGGGGAGAAAGACAUUAACCUAAGCCGGGUUAAUGACUGAGGCAAAGGGGAUGAUGACACCCCAGGUUGUGUUAUAUGGGGAUUAUUCCCUCCUAAUAGCUAUCCUUGGUUUAGAACUGUUUUUUGUGGGUGCUGUCUUAGGCGUAUUCCUUAGAGCAGUGCAAAGGCAAAAAUCAGCUAUUCAAAAAUCUGUAAGUGAAAUGAUAAAAUCUUUCCAAGAGUCAAUGAGAACUUUGCAGGACCAGCUAGGAAAAGAGGCUAUUCAAAAAUCUACCGGUGAGGUGAUAAGGUCUCUUCAAGAGACAAUGAAGGCAUUACAGGAGCAAUUAGAAAAAGAACGCCUGCAGUUAACUGCUGAACGUCAGGCACUGGAGAAAGAGAGAGAGAUUAACUCAUUGCUUAGGUCAGCCCUUGAAGAUGAGGAGGAACAAAAUGAAAGGCUUAAAAAAAUACUGGAAAUGAAAAAUUGUGAAUUGCGAGACAUUAAUUCAAAAUACCCUAAACCGGUAGAUGCUAACAAAUCCCUGUACCCCUCUGGGGAAUUAGAAGAGUUGAAGCAAAGUUACCCGGAGGAGGGGGUAAUACAUAUGCGUCCCCUCAUUAAAACUGAAACCACUGGCCAGGGGACAGACAGGCAAACUACCACACGAAUUACCCCGUACACGGGGGAAGCACUGGCCAAAAUUCAGGAAAAAUACAGUCGUAAGGCCAGUGAAUCAGAGACUGAAUAUGUGUGGAGGGUGUCCCUUACUGGGGGAGAUCGGAUUUUGUUGAGUGAAGAUGAGGCCAGAGGAUUUUGGGGCCCUGGGGUCUUCCUGACCACAAAUGAUAACCGAGCCCCGUGGCCGCUGACCCAGAGAGCUGCCUACUGGGCAGGCGGGUUAGACCCUAUAGAAAGGGGAGAUCCUCACACAAUUAAAACCCCCACAAUUGGCCACAUUGUCGAAAGUGUACAAAAAACUGCAUGCCUCCAAUUAAUCCAUACAAGACUGUUGGACUCGCAGCGACAUUCCCCUAUGGAACUCGAGGCGGAUCCACAAAGAUUUCCUGUUCUAAUCAGAGGUCUGCCUGAUGCACUAAAAACCCAUGCUAAACAACUACAAGAACGCAUAAUGACAACCCCCAGGCCCGGAAGAAGGGGUGCUCCACCAGGAAUGACCUGGUUGGAGGUGGCCCAAGAAUUGGUAACUACUGGUAGACAGUUGGGGAUCUCUGAUACAAGUAGUUUUAAACAAAAAACAGAUAUCAGAAGGGUGGGAGAAACUCGAAAACCACCUUUGGCAGGUAAUCGUCAGCAAAAUGUGAUACCUAGUGAGCGAACAAGGUACAGUUUGUGGGUGGAGGGUGUUGAGAAAGGAAUUCCUCGAGAGGUGAUGGACAAAUUACCUACAGCUAAUUUGGAACACUUGAUAAAGCAUUGGGAUAAGAUCAAAGAGCAUGAGUCACCCCCUGGGGGCAACUCUCCCCAGGAGCCCAACACUGUAGUUCCCUCAGCCCCACCAGAAAUCAGUUUAACCAGUUCCCAGCCGGGAAACGGGGUUCGCCUCUCCCAGUAAGUGAGCCGGGGAGCGGUCAGUGGGUUUACA